AAAUGACCCGAGCGUCAAUAAUGACUUGUGUUUUUUACUCUUAAAAAUCAUAUCUCUCCACGUAUCGACCACGUGACUAGAUCGUCCAUAUUUGACACUCUCAUGAAGAUGCGACUUAUUAUGCAUGGAUACAAGCAUAUAAUUGCUUUUUAAGAGGUUUGCUUGUGAGAUGGAUCGGACAGUUUCUAUCACCAUUUAGCGAUCUCUCAAUCACUUAUAUUUUAGUCAGCUUUAUGUGAUACCUCUGGCAGCUGUUACAAAAGAAUGGAUUCUGAAAGUUGAAGAACCAGAGGAAAUUAUUUUAAUAGCCAGCUCCGAAAACUUGGUGUGCUUUGCUAUGAAUAACUAUAUAGUGCGCGUAUGUUCUAUUUAUGGCACACAGAGGGCGGUAGUAUCGGUACCUGGGACACCUGUCACAAUGACUGCAGCAAAGAAUUGCUUAUUAAUUGCUUAUCAUUCCGCACCGCCGAGAAAUGGCGACCAGUGUAUUAAUGUGAGGCAAUUCCGUUUUCAAGGGAUGUCCAUGGACUCCAAAGAUAUAAGUUGUGCAUUGGGCCCAGAAUCGACAAUGAGUUGGCUAGGAUUUUCUGACAAGGGCACGCCAGCCAUACUAGAUUCAUUGGGGAUGCUUUACAUGUAUCCUCUCGCUACUAAUACUUGGAUCCCCUUUUGUGACACUUCUAAACAUAUGAAAUCUCCAGGAGAUAAGUUCUUUGUCACAACAGUGUUUGAGACAUACCAAGCAGUUGGAGGUAUCAAAUGUAAAGGUUGUGCUUACCCUGGUUUGAUCCCGAAGCCUACACUAUGUGAGCUACCGCUAGAACCUGCUUUUGCGGAACCUUCAACGGAAAAAUCGCAAUGGAAAUGAAUCUUUUCACAUGGUCUACUCUACAAGUAGAUGAUGUUGAUAAGAAGGCUAAGGAAACAGCGCUGAAAACUUUUGCCGUAAGUAGUACAUAUGCAACGUCGUGAUUUGAAUAUACCCCCCAUUCCAAUGAAAUGAUGAGAUGUUAUAAAUCUAAAUUCA